AUGGAAUCAGAGGGGAAAACUCCGGUGAAAGCACUUGUAAAGACUCGAGGGCCUGCUUCGGACUCUCAAGCUAAGAAGACGAGAUCAAUUGAAGAGGAAAUGGGCAUAGAAGCAUUGGAAUUUGGAGGUUUUGAAGUGGAAGGACAAGCAGUACAAUCUUCAGGUAAUCGUUUACCAAUAUUGCAGCAGUUUAAUGAAGUGAUUGAUGAUGAAAUUGAAAUUGAGAUAGAUAAGAAUCAACCUAAGAUUCAGAUUGGCUUAGAUGAUAUUCAAGAAGAAGUAGACUAUUGGAACUCAGCUAUCAUUUAUCAUGUGUUGGGGGCAAACCCUCCUACAAUGGUGAUGGAAGGUUUUGUAAGGCGUAUUUGGAGGAAUUUGGGCGUGGACAAAGUGGGAAUGGUAGAAAAGGGGAUUUUCAUUGUAAGGUUUAAUUCAAUGGAAAAUAGAGAUAAGGUUGUUAAUGGCAGAUACCCAUUUUUUGAUGGCAAGCCAGUGAUGAUUAAAGCGUGGUAUCAGGAUAUGGAUUUCAAGAGGGGUGAGGGUCAGAGAUGUUUGACGAAAAUUGUUAGCAAGGUUGGGAAGUAUCUGAAGGUUGAUAAUGCUACGCUGAAAAGAGAGAAAUUGCAGUUGGCUAAGGUUUUGGUUGAGGUUGACAUAACUCAAUCUUGUCCAGAUGAAAUCAUUUUUGAAAAUGAGAAGAAAAAGGAUACAAGGGUGCAUGUUACUUGUGAUUGGAAGCCUACAUACUGUAAAGACUGUAUGUUUUUUGGUCAUGAUGUUCACACUUGCAGAAAGAGGAAGAAACAUAUAUGGGUGCCUAGACAGCAAGGGGAAAAGCAAAGAGAAGUGGUGGUUUGCAACACAAGCUCCACAAGUUGA